GAUGACCAUCAAUGAAUUGGGAACUGCCAAGCAGAUCUUUGAAGAGUCCGAUGAGGAGCACAGCUUGAUCAUCGUUCUCUUGGACAAUUCGGUGCUUGGUCGUGUAGCCUUUGGAUUUGAAGGAGCAAUGGGAUGUGACCUCGGCUCCAGCCCUGACUUCGUGAUGUUGGCAAAGGCAUAUGGCGGUCAAGGUCGCAUGGUGUCCUCGUGCGACCAGCUGGAAGGUGCCAUGGAUGAGGCCUUUAAGUCCAAGGGCAUUUUUAUGCUGCAUGUGAAAACAGAUCCAGAUCUCAAGGCCGACAUGGCCACCUUCCAGGAUACCUCCAUCACCAUGAUGAACAGCGGCUAAGCCCAAGCCUUGGGCCAGCAAAGGUCAGCGAAGGCUUCUUGACGUUUGGCGGUCGUAGCUCCCGAAAGGGUUCUGGUACAGAUUCUUUUUCACGAGUCCUGAGCCUUGCGGCCCAUAGUUUUAAUGAUUACGCAUUGCGUAAGGAAUCGUUUGUGCAAAGAAUUUCGCGAGAAA